AUCAAAUCGUAGUGGUAGCAGCGCAGAAUGGGUGCACUGGCUGUGAUGUUACGUUCAAGGACUUGAUAGCUCGUUAUCCUCCUGAUACAAGGUCGAGAUGGGAAAAGGCUGUAAGGUUGUGGUGUGUGGCCAGGCAGCAGUUGGAAAAACUGCCAUACUGGAGCAGCUGCUGUAUGGAAAUCACUCUGUGGGCUCUGAGUCCAGUGAGACCCAGGAGGACGUGUACGUGGCCUCGGUGGAAACUGACCGUGGUGUGAAGGAACAGCUGAGGCUGUAUGACACCAAAGGCCUUCACGAUGGACAAGACCUCCCCAAACACUACUACUCAGUGGCGGACGGCUUCGUCCUCGUCUACAGCGUCGACAGCUUGGAGUCUUUCAAGAAGGUGGACAUCCUGAAGAAGGAAAUAGACAAGUCCAGAGAUAAAAAAGAGGUAACAGUCAUCGUGCUCGGGAACAAGACGGACCUGCGGGAGCGUCGUCAGGUGGACCAGGAGGUGGCGCAGCAGUGGGCGCGAGGUGAGAAGGUGAAGCUGUGGGAGGUGAGCGUCACCGAGCGCAACUCCCUCAUCGAGCCCUUCACCCAGCUGACGAGCCGCCUCACGCAGCCUCAGAGCAAGUCUGCCUUCCCUCUGCCGGGGCGCAAAAGCAAGGGCACGCCGUCCAACGACAUCUGAAACUCUGCAGAUGCCCGCACUCUUUUUCUGCUCCUUUUUAGUAGGCUGCAUUCACCUCAUAUGGGAGUAACAAGCAGGACAACACGGAAAGGCCUUCAGCAACAUGACUCUGAAUGCGUCUGUGUAAACCACUUUUUCAUGCAAUCAUUCACUUAUAUACAGCGUUAAUUUUCGGGGAUAACUUCAACAUUUGGGGAAAUACAUCCUUUCUUUCAAAGAGUAUGAUGACAAAACUGAUAACAAACUCAUGUCUGUGUGUUUAGUACAGAGCUCAGGUCAGAACAUGGUUAGCCUAGCUUAGCAUUAAGACUGGAAGCAGGGGAAACAGCGAGCUUGUUACUAUCAAAUGUCAAAAAGUUUGCCAACCAACAUCCCUAAAGCUCGUUCAUUAAUGUUUUAUAUCUUGUUUGUUUAAUGUGUACACAAACAGAGGUAGCUCUGUGCCGAAACUUCCUCUCGACAAACAACAAAACAGUGUCUCUGGCUACAGUGCAGGUUGCCAGAUAUGGACAGUAAGCGCAGGUUUUGGUGUUGUUGACAAGAUGAGAACGACACCUGACAACCCUGACUUUUGUUUUACGUAGAAAUCUAAGUGUGUGGUUUAAGAGGGAGUAACUAGUGUAACUGUUUCCUGGCACACAACAUUGUGGUGCAGCGACGGUUUGCAGCUUCUGAGAGCCUUGUCGUCACAGUUAAGUCAGGUUUGAUACCAUCAUCAUGUUUCUCUGCUUCCAGUCUUUAUGCUAAGCUAGGCUAACCACAGACUCCAGCUUUGCUUUUAACCCACAGACAUGAUAUUCAUCUUCUCAUCUCUCGUACAGGGUAAAAGCAAAUAAGCAUAUUUCACGAUGUGUUCACUGCUCUAAUGAGGGUACAUGUUGUUUAUCUUUUACAGCAAACCAAACACAGGUGUCGACCACAAACCACAUCUGUAACGUCAACACGUAGCACUUUAGUACCAAAGAAUUUCCACAACCCAGUCACACGUCUUGUGUAGUUUCACUUUUGAUUUGUAAAAGAACGUGUUGUGUUCACUGACGUUCUCAACUGACGUGUGUAUAUCACUCCAACGUCUAUGUUAUGAGGAUACAGUUGACAUCGCCAUACGCCUGCACUAAACCCCUAAUGUCUCAAGUAGCUCAUGAAUGCUGCAGUCCAACAGUAUUCUCACAGAGGAAUCUCGCUGCUUUAAUGUCAUUUCCCAUCUGAUAUGAAUGCAGCAUAAACCCUUGUCCUCUGGAAGGACUCAGCUUGCCUUUUUCCAGUCCAUCUCAUUUACUAAGUAUGGCCUGGCAGCAAUAAUACUCCUGGUGCUGCCUUUACUUGUGAUGUAAGAUUUCAUAAUGUCUGACGUUAGUUGCACUCCUGUGUCGUCCAGCCUGUGUAAUCCGAUAGGGCUACUAGUUAAAGCUGUGUGUGAGUCUAACAGUAGAAAUGUCAGUGUUGAGAGAAAAUAUUUAUUUUUUAACUAAUUUAUUUUUGUCACUUUAAUGAGUCACAUUCCUUAGAAACGGUGAUACAAUGAACGAUGACCUGCGCUGUUUUCUGUGUCCUUAAUGUCUCAAAGUAAUAACAUUAAAUGUGCUGCUAGUGGAACAGAGUGAGCGAGACUCUGUGAUCGUCGACCCUAAAUUAUUCUCUGCUUUGUAACUCUGUCUUAAGAUGCACUGAAUAAAAUGUAGCCUCUUCAUAUUUAA